CGUGAUGGGCAAGUGUCACGUGGUGUACGGCGGCAACCUGACCUGCUCGCCGGAGGAGUACCGCCGCUGUGGACCUCACCGCUUCUACUUCCUCGAGGCGUACGACGCUGACGGCAAGAGCUUCACCGAGCCGCCGCCGGCCGCCAAACGCAUGGGACUCGUCAGAAAGGGUCAGGGCAAGGGCAAGGGUGCGGCGGCGCAGCGGGCGGUGCCGCCGCCGCCCGAACACCCGGUCGUGGCGCCGCUCCGCGCGCUCGACGUGUUCGCCGGCUGCGGCGGCCUCUCCGCCGGACUGCACCAAGUGGGCGUGGCCGUCAGCCAAUGGGCGAUCGAAAUAAACCAGCCGGCGGCCAACGCGUACCGGCUCAACAACCCGCAGGCCACGGUGUUCUCGGAGGACUGCAACCACCUGCUGCAGCUGGCCAUAGACGGUGCAGAGCAGAACGCCAGCGGCCAGCGGCUGCCGAAGCCGGGGGAGGUGGACCUGCUGUGCGGCGGGCCGCCGUGCCAGGGCUUCUCCGGCAUGAACCGCUUCAACUCCCGACAGUACUCGCAGUUCAAGAACUCACUGAUCGUCAGCUUCUUGAGCUUUUGCGACUUCUACCGGCCAAAAUAUUUCAUCCUGGAGAACGUGCGCAACUUCGUUUCCUACAAGGCCAACAUGGUGCUGAAGCUGACGCUGGCUUGUUUGCUGAAGAUGGGCUAUCAGUGCGGCUUUGGUGUACUGCAGGCGGGCAACUACGGCGUCCCUCAGACGCGCCGCAGGGCGAUCAUCAUGGCCUCGGCGCCCGGCUUCCGCCUGCCCCUGUACCCGGAGCCCCAGCACGUGUUCUCGCUGAGGGCCUCCUCGCUGGCCGUGGUCAUGGAGGACACCAAGUACGCGCCCACGUGCCGGUGGUCGCAGUCGGCGCCAUACCGGACUGUGACUGUGCGGGACGCCAUGUCUGACCUGCCAGAGAUCCUGAACGGCGAGAAGCACGAACAGAUGCCGUACGACCGCGACGCCAGCUCGCACUUCCAGAGAGUGAUGCGGGCCGGCCAGGAGACGGCGCUGCUGCGCGACCACGUGUGCAAGGAGAUGGCGCCACUCAUCGCAGCGCGCAUCCGCCACGUGCCGACGGCGCCGGGCAGCGACUGGCGCGACCUGCCCAACCUGGCAGUCCGCCUCAGCGAUGGCACCACUUCGCGCCUCCUGCUCUACACACAGCACGACAAGAAGAACGGCCGCUCGGGCGGCGGCCGGCUGCGCGGCGUGUGCGCAUGCGCGGCCGGCCGGCCUUGCGACCCGGCCGACCGGCAGUACGGCACUCUGCUGCCCUGGUGCCUGCCACACACGGGCAACAGGCACAACCACUGGGCCGGCCUGUACGGGCGGCUCGAGUGGGACGGCUUCUUCUCCACCACCGUCACCAACCCCGAGCCGAUGGGCAAGCAGGGUCGCGUGCUGCAUCCGGAGCAGCACCGCGUGGUUAGCGUGCGCGAGUGUGCCCGAUCCCAAGGCUUCCCGGACUCGUACCGGUUCUUCGGCAGCACGCUCGAGAAGCACCGACAGAUCGGUAACGCCGUACCGCCGCCGAUGGCCGCCGCCAUCGGUCGCGAGAUCCAGCGCUCGCUGGCGCUGUCGGCCCCUUCGGCAUAG